CGCUUCGCCAGCUGCCACAAUGAACAUCUUCAGGAGUCUGCUGGCGAAAGUAUGGCAGGAUCCCAAUGCCGCCGAGGUGGUCAAGAUCGAGUCUGGUCAGUUGUACCUCGUGAGACCUGGAAAUAUUCGGUCUUCCAGGGAGUGCAUCUACAAUGAAGCGAUCGCCACCAUUCGUAGAGUCCCUUCGAUCGACCACAACUUUCAGCUCGUGAUCACCCGCGUGUACGAAGAAGGGGAUCAAGAGCUACUGGAAGAUGAAGACGAAACCGACGAGGAAAGGGUGUUCUUAAUCAGCGAAGAACUAGAGUUUCGUCCAGGGGUAGGCGAAGCAGACAGUCAAGCUACGUUCGUCUGGCGCGAUCUGGACGGAGACGUAGACGAGCUCUACGAGUUCGUCAUGACGGAAGAGACAAAUGGGCCCACCAGGGCUUUCUUCGAAACCUGCAUGUACCGCGCCAUGUACGAAAGGAAGUACAGGAUGAGUGCGGACAACAUUGGUGAUCAAGAUCUAUCUGAAUUCACUUGGAAACCUCCAGCCCCGAAGGGAGCAGGGAAAGUUCCUCUGGUAGCGUCCGAGGGCCCAUUACCGGCACGAUCCCGCGAGCCUUCUAGUCCGUCACGAAAGGUGACGAAAUUUAGCCCUAAAAAGGUCAAAGCUAUGCCUGCCAACACUGCCACGGUCGUCGGAGAAGACGCCCAAUUCUUCGUGUGGGACGUUGAAGUGGACGGAUUUGUAAGUGCCCAUGAUGGAUUGUUGAGGGCCAAGAUCCUCGAAAGCACAUCGAACGACUACAAUUAUUGGAUUGUGGCUACGGAUGAAGAGGAGGAUCUUAUUAUGCACAAGAUUGCAGCGGAUAUGAACCCCCGUUGGUCGCCGAAAACUCAGUCCCUGACAUGGAACUUCUACGUCGACGGUGCAUACGGCAGCUGGGCAUUUCAGUUCAACUCAACUGAUGCGUAUGAAAACUUCAAAGUCGCCUUUGCUCGAGCAGCUUGGGAGACUCUUCAUCACACUCCUUUCAACAAGAUCAAGCCCGACGAGCAAGCAUACGUAAUAAGUGCCACCAACGAAGACGUCGAGAUGCGCGACGCCCAAAAUGAAGAAGGGGAUGAAGAGGAAGUUGUAUCUGAGCUUGACCCCGACGAGGAACCAAGUGAAGAUGAAGAGGAUGAAGAGGAAGAUGCUGUGUCUCCUCAGCUUCAGGGAGAAAGGAAUUCCCAACUGACCAUCGGUUACAAGGGAGACCGUUCUUACGUUGUGCGAGGGAAUAACAUUGGAGUAUUUUCUCAUGCUGGCCACAACCAAGUCAAGUACUACGCGACUAUCAGUAAGAUUUCCACUCCAAAAGGGAGGGAAUUCAAGCCGCGCGAGGUAAUGCUACAUGAUCAGGACACCAAGAUGGUCUUGAUGAACCCGUCCGAACCCCGUUCCUUAUAUAACAUGGACAUUGAACGUGGCAAGGUGGUCGAGGAAUGGAAAGUCCAUGAAGAUGUGACAGUCGACCACAUUGCGCCGGAUAACAAAUUCGCGCAAAUGACUCCAGAGCAGACCCUCGUAGGCGCUUCACACAACGCCCUCUUCCGGAUAGACCCCCGUAUAUCCGGUCUUAAAAUGGUCGACAGCCAGUACAAGCAGUAUGUCAGCAAAAAUAGAUUUUCGGGCCUGGCUACGACCUCAAGCGGAAAGCUGGCUGUGGCGAGUGCGAAGGGCGACAUUAGACUCUUCGAUUCCAUUGGGAAGAACGCGAAGACGGCAUUGCCGCCCCUCGGAGAUCCUAUUAUUGGUAUCGAUGUUACUGCAGAUGGACGGUGGAUCGUGGCAACCACCAAGGCAUAUCUUCUCUUGAUUGACACGUUGAUUGGGGAGGGUCGGUACGCUGGUUCCCUCGGCUUUGAUCGUAGUUUCCCCGCGAACGCCAAACCGAUGCCACGACGCUUGCAACUUCGUGCUGAGCACGUUGCGUACAUGAACCAGGAGAUUAAUUUCUCCCCCUCCCGAUUCAAUCAAGGGGAAGGACAAGUGGAAAACGCGAUUGUUACGUCAACAGGUCAAUAUGUUAUUGCGUGGGACUUCGCGAAAGUGAAGAAAGGCCAACUUGACAAGUACGAGAUCAAGAAGUAUGAAGACAACGUCGUACAGGACAAUUUUAAGUUCGGAGAUGACAAAGAGAUUAUUGUCGCGCUAGAGAACAAUGUAUUAGCGAUCAACAAGAAGAACUUGAAGCGACCUACGAGGGCGUCUCUCGCCGGACCAAUGAUUGGUCUACACGACAGGUCCAGCAUUGUAAAUAGCCCCUACUAAUCACUUUUCAUGAAAUGGGGCGGCGUGUCAACGGGAGGCGUGGUAUGCAGUGAUCCAAUACCCAAUGUAU